UGAACCAAUCCAUCCCAAAGAAGUGCGUGUUGUGGGUGAGAGGCCUGGCCGCCCUUCAGGGAUCUUGGCAUCAGCACGUUGGCUGAGCUCACCAGGGCGGCCUCCUCUGUGGUGCUGUUCAGAAGGGUCAUGCCCGGAGCAUGGAGGAGGUGUAAGCAAGGGAGAAGGUGCGGACUGUACCUGGCCCGGGGCGGACUCCUGGGCAGGAUGGAGUGGCUGUGGGCGCUCGUGCUGCUGGCUGCGCUGGGCAGCGCUCGGGCGGAGCGCGACUGCCGGGUGAGCAGCUUCCGAGUCAAGGAGAACUUCGACAAGGCUCGAUUCGCCGGGACGUGGUACGCCAUGGCCAAGAAGGACCCCGAGGGCCUCUUUCUGCAAGACAACAUCAUCGCAGAGUUCUCGGUGGACGAGACCGGCCAGAUGAGCGCCACAGCCAAGGGCCGAGUCCGUCUUUUAAACAACUGGGACGUGUGCGCAGACAUGGUGGGCACUUUCACAGACACCGAGGACCCUGCCAAGUUCAAGAUGAAGUACUGGGGUGUAGCGUCCUUCCUCCAGAAAGGAAACGAUGACCACUGGAUCAUCGACACGGACUACGACACCUACGCCGUGCAGUACUCCUGCCGCCUGCAGAACCUCGACGGCACCUGUGCCGACAGCUACUCCUUCGUGUUCGCCCGCAACCCCCACGGCCUGCCUCCGGAAGUGCAGAGGAUCGUGAGGCGGAGGCAGGAGGAGCUGUGCCUGGCCAGGCAGUACAGGCUGAUCACGCACAAUGGUUACUGUGAUGGCAAAUCAGAAAGAAACCUUUUGUAGCAACAUCGAGGAUGUCAAGUUUCAUUUGAAAACUUCCCACUAACUCCCACUCAGCCUUCAGCUCUAUUUAUCUUAGUUUAUUCUGGCCCUCUCUCCUCCCCUUUCCCCCAGGAAACAUAAAACCUUCAGUACACAUAAAAAUAUAUGUGGGAAUAAGGGAAUCACUCAGAUGUAUGUUCUUACUGGGGUUGUCUAAGGAAUCAUUUGAGCCUUAGGAUU